GAAAAGGCCUUAGGCAUCUUCUAAGGAGAGUCAUGGCACACAACCAGGAGACUCUAGCCAAGACCCCUGUCAUCAAAUUCAAGGGCCAAGACUUCAACUUCUUGCGGGAUCAUUGCCUAAGCAGAGGUCUGCUGUUUGAGGAUGAGACCUUCCCUGCGGAAGCUUCCUCCAUAGGUCUGCAGCUGCUCCAGGGAAAAAACCUCUCCAGCCUGAUGUGGAGACGGCCAAAGGAUAUAUUAGAGGGUAAAUCAGAACCUCACUUCAUCCUGGAAGGUGCAAGCAGAUUUGACAUCCAACAAGGAGAGGCCGGAGAUUGCUGGUUCCUGGCAGCACUGGGCUCCUUGACACAAAACCCACAGCACUUGCAGAAGAUCCUGAUAGACCAAAGCUUUUCAUGCCACUACGCAGGGAUCUUCCGUUUCCGGUUUUGGCAGUGUGGCCAGUGGGUUGAAGUGGUGGUUGAUGAUCGCCUGCCUAUCCUCAACAGGGAAUAUCUCUUUGUGCAUCCUCGCAACAACAACCAAGAGUUUUGGCCCUGCCUGCUGGAGAAAGCUUAUGCCAAGUUUCGUGGGUCCUAUCUCAACCUGCACUACGGCUUCCUUCCUGAUGCCCUGGUGGACCUCACAGGAGGGGUGGUCACCGGCAUCGACCUGCACUCCUUUCCUUCUGACCUGGUGAUGAUGCUGAAGACAGCAGCCAAGGCAGGCUCCCUGGUGACCUGCGGCACCCCGGCCUCGCCGACAGGUGAGGCCAGGAGAAUGGAAGAUGGCCUGGUGAGUCAGCAUGCCUACACAGUGACCGGAGCCGAGUGGAUUCAGUACCGGGGGAGCUGGGAGGAUCUUAUCCGCCUGUGGAACCCCUGGGGCAACACAGAAUGGAGAGGGCGCUGGGCGGACGGGUCGCCAGAAUGGCAGGAAACCCACCACCAAUGGAGAAGACUGCUGUAUGAGAAUAAGGACGAUGGCGAGUUUUGGAUGUCAUGUCGAGAUUUCCAAGACAACUUUUCCUGCCUAUAUGUAUGUAACCAAUUUCCAGUCAGUCUAAACCAUGGAAACAUGCCUCCUGAAAGAUGGUCCCAAGUGAUGUUUAAGAACCAUGCAGUUCCAGGAAACACCACAGAAGAACUUCUGAGGGACACGCAGUUCAUCUUCUCUGUGCCAGAGAGUAUGGAAGACAACAAUGUCGUCAUGUCCUUCAACAUCAUGCCGCAAAAUUUAAAGGCAAAAGAUGAGAAAUUUCCACUAACCUUCAAGGUAUUCAAGGUCGACCCUCAGUUCCAGCCCUUCUGGAAGAGGUUGCCACCCACCUUCUUUUCUCAAUUCAGAAAUGCUGUCAAGGGCAUAGUUUCUAAAACCAAGUGCAACCUCACAAAGUACUUCAGUCUGAGCCCUGGGACCUACGUGGUGGUCAUCGCCACAUACAGAGAAGUUGAGUUUUUGCUCCGGAUCUUCCUGAAAAUGCCAGAUGAUGACAGGAACCCGAGCUGCAAUUUCAGCCUUACAACACUAAAGGCAAGUCUUCUGGAAAAUGGCUCCCAAGGAAGCAUCUUCCACAAAUACGCUCACCAGGGGCUGGACAUUGAUGCAACCCAGCUUCAGAGCCUUCUCAACCAAGAGCUCCUGAGAGGAACUCCAGGGGACACCUUCUCUUUGGAUGAGUGCCGGAGCAUCGUGGCCCUGAUGGAUCUCAAAGCGAAUGGGAGGCUUGAGCAAGAGGAGUUUUCAAGGCUGUGGAGCCGUCUCGUCCAGUGCCAGAGUGUUUUCCAGAACAUCCAGAAAUGUUCCGGAGUUUUCCUGAGUGUGGAUUUGUGGAAGGCUAUAAAGGAUGCGGAGUUCCUUGCAGGGACCUCCGUCAGCAAUGAGCUUCUGGAUCUCAUGACCCUCCGGUACAGUGAUCACAGUGGCAGGGUCAGCUUCCCCAGCCUGGUCUGCUUCCUGUUGCGACUUGAAGCCAUGGCAAAGACUUUCCAGAACCUCUCCAAUGAUGGAAAAGGACUCUACCUGACAAAAAUGGAGUGGAUGAACCUGGUCAUGUACAAUUGAAGCAAGGAGUAAAGCAGACCCCAGAGUCCAGUAAAUCCAUCCCCUGUAUCCUGCAGACCAAAGACAUUCUUUUUGAGACAUGGAAGUCUGGAUUUGCCUGUAGCAAGGUGAAACUCCUUACCUGCUUUGGCCAACAUACACCUGGAGAUGACUAUAGAACCUGGGGUAUCCAACCUUCCAGAUCUGGCCUUUUUUUUCUGAGUUUAUUUAUUUACUUUGAAAGAGAGACCAUGAGCGGGCAGAGAGAGAGCGAGAGAGAGAGAAUCCCAAGCAGGCUCCACGCUGUCAGCACAAAGCCCAAUGUAGGGCUUGAGCUCACGAACUGUGAGAUCAUGAUCUGAGUCAAAAUCAAGAAUUGGAUGCUUAACCAACCAAGCCACCCAGGUGCCUCCACACCUGGCUCUUAAAGAGAACUGUAUCCAGCUGGAAAAAAUGACUUGGGUACUCCAAUGACAUAAGGCAAGAAGGAGGAAGAGUUGGCAUCCAGGAAGCAGAUGAAUCAGAACACAACCCUUCACUGACUGGGGAAGUCCCACAGAGAGGGAGAGGGAGUGACCAGCAAGGAGCCAGAAGAGUGAUCUUUGGGAAAUAUGGAAUCAGCAGUUUAUCUGAUUACUUAUUCAUGGAUAAAAUUGUGCUCAGAAGGAUUUUUAAAUUUUGCUGGAAAGUUUUGGAAGAAUUGUUAGGAUAAUGACAUAGAUUAAGCAGAUUUUUUUUAAUGAGGUAAUUAUUACCUCCUGGAAGAACAAAGAAUUAUAGGAAAAAAAAGGAAAAGUGAUUCUAGAGUUUUUUUCAGUCAGCAGUGAACAGUACAUCCAUAAUUAAAAUAAAAAUUGACUAUUGAUUUAACAAAAAGUGACAUAAAUAUAUUGGGAAUCGAAUGGAGAAAAGCAGGUAUGGAAUAGGUUAGAAGCAUGCCAGCCCAAUCUUCCAGCGUAAGCAGUCAGUGGCAUUUAACAUUGACAAUUCCAGGGAUAACUGUGCAGGCAUAUCACUUAGAAAUAUGGAGGUAGGCAUCAGAAGAAAGAGUCUGCAGAGAGGAAUUUAGGACACAAAUGGGACAGGGGACUGCUGUUUUUCCUUCACACCUUGUUAUACUAUUUGGAUUUUUAAACUGUGUACAUUAGGCUAGACUUGUAUGAAAAAAUAAAUAAGCAACCUAGUAACUAGACUGAGAGACAAGAAUUUAAGACUCAAGAGAAAAGGAAGGAGAUAGAAAAGAAGAAUCAAGCCUUCUUCUUUACCACACGGCCAGGAAAGUUAGCUGAUUAUAGCUGUAGGAAAAAAAAAUGUCCAUGCAAGAACUCUUUCAUCCAAGAGAUGGGCACUUAAGAAAAGUCACUUUUGUACCAGAGUCCACAGCCAUCAGACCAGCAUCCUGCUGGAACAGAGGACAGAGCUGUUUUUAUUCUAGCUGCUUCUUGUCUCAGCCCUUCCAACCCAUCCAGGGAGUCAGAAGAGUAUCUCCCCACCUCUCCCUCCACUCUGCCACAGGCACUCAGGUACCCAGUGGGCUGCAGUUCCGACUAAGGGCAGAGUAAGUGGGUAGGGGGCCUCCGAGGAAUUUUGGAGAAUGAGGUGGAGACAUUCCCAUCCACUGGGGAGCCAUGGGUGUAAUGGAACUGGUCCAGCCUCACCAGCAGGUGGUACAGGUUCUCUGCUGUUGUUGGGUGGUCCCAAACAGUAUCUGUGGGAACAGGCCCAGGCAUCUGUGGUCACUCAAAGGAAGAUAAAUCUUCUUUACUCUCCCCUAGCCUUCUGCA